AUGGAUGAGAUCGCUGUGGACCCCGAUUUCUAUACUAUGUCCUAUGGGACAGAACCACAGGACUUUCACUCGGAGACAACUUCUCUCGCCUCAACGAUCGCAAGAGGACGAUUCGAAAAUGGCCGAAGGCCACUAAAGAGGACGAUUACUGGUUGGUCCUACCAGCAGAAAACCUGUUUCUCAACUAAUCCAGUGCAGGGGCCCAUCAGACGAGCAGCAAUUCGAAGCAUUCGAGAUUGGGUAAAUCGCAUUCCAUCCCUUGAUGCCUCACUGGGUUCUAACGAACCUAGCCACAUGGUUUUUCUCGUUUUAGACCACAACCAGCCAAACCCCCUUUUCCGGGCCCCGAUUGGCCCCUCGCCUAAGAAAAUCUUGGAUAUUGGAACCGGUCAAGGAAGUUGGGCAAUUGAUGUUGCUGAUUUCUAUCCCAACGCUACCGUACACGGCGUGGACGUUUUCCCUCCACCUGCAUUAUGGAUGCCUCCUAACUGUGUCUUCGAAGUGGAUGAUGUGCUCCGCGAAUGGACGUGGAGGGAAUCAUUCGACUUCAUCCACAUGCGAUUGAUGUAUGGCGCAUUCACAGAUGAGGGCUGGGAACAAGUUUACAAACAGGCAUACGAUGCUCUUGAACCCGGUGGUUGGAUCGAGCAGAUGGAACUAGACGUGCGAGUCUACAGCGACGACGGCACACUCAAGCCCGAACACAUGUUACACGGCUGGGGCAACAUAUUCGUCGGAUGUUCCGAGCGAGCAGGACGAUCACUCCGCACCCAUGAGAAAAUGCGCAGCGCAAUUGAAAAAGCCGGUUUCGUGGACGUCCACGAAGAGAAUUACAAGAUCCCCUUGGGCCCCUGGCCUAAGGAUAAGUUGUUGAAGGAGGCUGGUCAUCUGCAAUAUGCGCACUGGAAUGCCGCUCUCGAAGGCUGGGCUAUGUGGCUUCUUACUCAUUACGGAGAGCCGGAGCCCUGGACUAAGGAGGAGGUGCAAGUGUACUUGGCUAAAGUGCGCGCGGAGUUGAAGAACCCUCAUAUCCACGCUUAUGAGCCUGCGACACGCGUGUGGGCGAGAAAGCCCACAGAGGAGGAGGCGAAUGCGAACCGCACAGCCAUCAAGUUGGAACCGUCACCGUAG